AUGAAUAUCUCAGAUUCAACUGGAACGAAGGACGAUCUGAAGGAAAAUCCUACAGAAGCCGUCACUCAGGACGUCGUGUUUGGUGAAAUCACAGAGGAUGGGCCAAAUUAUCGCAAUGUGGGAUUUCCCGGGACUGUCAUUCUGAUGAUGAAGACCCAGAUUGGCCUCGGGGUUCUUUCAAUCCCAACAGCUUUUGACUCCCUAGGCAUUGUGCCGGGCAUUAUCUGCUUAUGCGUCAUCGCGGCUGUAACUACAUGGUCCGACUACGUGAUCGGCAGUUUCAAGCUCAACCAUCGUGAAAUCUAUGGUAUUGAUGAUGCUGCAGGCUUAAUGUUUGGUACAAUAGGCCGUGGAGCCCUCUCGGUGAUUUUCUGCCUCUAUUGGAUAUUCGUCAGCGGCUCUGGUAUUCUUGGAAUCUCAAUCGGAUUGAAUGCAGUCUCUACACAUGGCACAUGCACGGCUGUGUUUUCUUUGGUCGCCGCUAUUCUUGGUUUUUGUUGUAGUAGUGUACGCACGCUCGGUCGCAUCACUUGGCUUGCAUGGAUUGGGCUUCCAUGUAUCCUUGUCGCAGUCAUGAUUGUCACAAUUGCUGUUGCCGUGCGAGAUCGUCCAGCUGCUGCUCCAAUGACCACGGAGCCUUGGGUCUCGGAUGUGAAAAUUAUUGGCAACCCAACCUUUACAGAAGGCAUUACAGCCGUCUGUAAUCUUGUGUUUGCCUUCUCAGGGACACCGGGAUUCUUCUCCAUCAUAUCGGAGAUGCGUGACCCACGCCAGUACACGCCAGCUAUGCUAAUUUGCCAAGCUGGUGUAACUGCUAUAUACUCCGUUGUUGGGUGUGUUGUCUACUAUUACUGCGGCUCAUAUGUUUCCUCGCCUGCUCUGGGCUCGGCGGGUGGGUCAAUAAAGCAGAUUGCCUAUGGUUUCGCACUGCCGGGUUUGAUCGUCACUACAACUAUUGUCACACAUAUACCAGCGAAAUACAUCUUCGUCUACCUGCUCCGCGGCUCUCGGCAUUUGACCAGCAACAGUUUCGUUCACUGGGCAUCUUGGCUGGGCUGCACCUUUGGUGUCACCGUGGUCGCAUACAUCAUCGCCAGCAGCAUUCCAAUCUUUGAUGCCCUGGUUUCCCUUAUUGGUGCCUUGCUGGGAACGAUCUUGUGCUUCCAACCCUAUGGUUGCAUGUGGCUAUAUGACAAUUGGGGAAGAGGUAAAAGUAGUUCUCGGGCUUGGUUACCAAUGGUAGGGUUCAGUAUCUUCGUUAUAGUCAUCGGGACGUUCCUGACUGUCGCGGGAACCUACGGGUCAGUGGUUGGGAUCAUCGAGUCUUACAACCAAUCAGGCGGGGUUAAAGCUUUCUCCUGUGCGGAUAACUCAAACUCUACAUAG